UGCACGAUAUCAGCUGUGUUGUGUAACCAGGCAUUGAUUAGAAUCUAAAGGAUGUUACCUUCACUGGAAUACAAAUAGGUUUGAAAAUAGAUCUCUACAUUUACAACAUAGUUUGUUUUUAUGGUCUCUAAUAACCUUCUUAUAGAAUCUGAUUGUGCUACAAGGGAUGAAUUUUUCACAGUUUUCAUAUAUCACUCUAAGUGCUUACUUUGAUAUUGGACUGUUAAAGUAUAUAGUUUUCGUGAUUAUCAUGUGUGUUUUUAUCCUCAUCGUAUCUUCUAACAUCCUGCUGAUCGUGGUGAUCUGUGUGAACGGGAGCUUACAUGAACCUAUGUACAUGUUUCUGUGCAGCCUAUUUGUCAAUGAACUGUACGGCAGCUUAGCCUUCUUUCCUUUCCUGCUGGUUCAAAUCCUCUCUGAUCACCACACCAUUUCUGUUCCUCUCUGCUUCCUGCAGAUCUUCUUUCUCUAUAUGUACGGCAACGUGGAGUUUUAUAACUUAGCCAUGAUGUCUUACGACAGAUAUGUUGCCAUCUGUCACCCUCUACAGUAUAACGCAUGGAUGUCGAUGGACAUGGUUACCAGGCUGGUUGUCCUGACAUGGUUUUUCCCUCUGCUUAACGUAAUUGUUAUGAUAUCGCUGAACGCCUUCUCUGAGUUAUGUGGGAACAUCAUUGACAGAGUUUACUGUGCAAAUUAUUAUAUCACAAAGUUGGUGUGCAGAGGUGCAGUAGCCAGUAACAUCUAUGGACUGGUCUAUGUUUACACCGUGCUCCUAGGUCUGGCUGCGCUGAUCAUCUACACAUAUGCAAGGAUCUUGAAAGUAUGCUUUUCUGGCUCCAAACGGACCCGGCAGAAAGCCCUCAGCACCUGCACACCUCACCUGGCCUCUGUAAUCAAUUUCUCCUUUGGGUGCUUUUUUGAGAUCCUACAGAGUAGGUUUGACCUGAGCAGGGUUCCCAAUGUCUUACGUAUUAUUUUAUCUAUAUAUUUCCUCACCUGUCAGCCCCUUUUUAACCCAAUUACAUACGGAUUUACACUUAGUAAAAUACGCCUGACAUGUAAACCUCUCUUCUUUGGUAAAAAAUGACCUGUUUCAAGUCUUUAAAUGCUUUUUAAAGCCUGCUAUAUUUGUUAUACUCAUGUUAAAGCACACUUAUGCUUGCAUUGUAUGCAUCAUUGUAUAAAAGUCUUUAUAAAAUGCUGCAAUACACUUUGCUAAUGUAUACAUUUUGGGUUCAUAUUCUUGAAGAAUCCUCAGACUACAAGCAGCUUUCAGAGAAGUCAGUGAAGAAAAUCGUAAAAUUCAAAGAAUGCAAGUUUCCUUUAGUCAAAUAAAAGUUAAUCACAAAGCACCUCAGGCCUCAUGAGAACUCUUAAGGUGAAAGUUGUCAAUUGUGGUGAGGAGGAAUAAAUUUAAGCAUCAGA